GGAAGCAGCCAGCAGGAGACAGGCUCGUUUUCUAGUUCGGAGCUCCUCGUUAAGUUAGCCCACUUGUUGAGUUUUGGUGGGGAGCGUAAUGUUUACAACAGCUCGAUGAAGCAGCAGGUCGUUGUUUGGAUUGUUAGCUAAGACUAGCUGACCACACGGAAGGCACCAGCAUACCGGAGUCUAUAUGAUUAACUUAUCGGGCAUCCGCUCGUUUUCAAAAGACCCUUGUUUCGCAAUAAAGGAUGUCUAAACGCCUGCGGAACAGUGAGAUAUGUGGUGAUUGUGGUGUCCCAGAACCUCAUUGGGCCUCUGUAAACAGGGGUGUACUAAUUUGUGAUGAGUGCUGCAGUGUACAUCGAAGUCUAGGAAGACACAACUCCCAAGUUCGUCACCUGACCCACACACCAUGGCCACCUACGCAGCUUCAGAUGGUGUAUACAUUAUACAGCAAUGGUGCAAAUUCAAUAUGGGAACAUUCCUUGCUGGACCCUGCAUCUGGGAUGAGUGGAAAAGGCAAAGCCAACCCUCAGGACAAAUUGCACUCAAACAAAUCAAAAUUCAUAAAGGCCAAAUACCAGUUACUGGCAUUUGUUCAUCGCAUGCCUUGUAGAGAAGAUGACAGUUCAACAGCCAAGGAUUUAAGCAAGCAACUUCAUUCAAGUGUCCGCACUGGGAAUCUUGAGACCUGUCUGAGGUUACUAUCACUUGGAGCCCAAGCAAAUUUUUUUCACCCCGAAAAAGGAAACACUCCCUUGCAUGUAGCUGCAAAGGCAGGUCAGAUAUCUCAGGCAGAGCUGUUAACGGUUUACGGAGCAGAUCCCGGAGCACCUGACAGCAACAGUAAGACUCCCAUUGACUAUGCAAGGGAAGCUGGCCAUUAUGACCUGGCAGAUCGGCUGGUGGAGAUCCAGUAUGAACUAACUGAUCGACUGGCAUUUUACUUGUGUGGGAGAAAGCCAGAGCAUAAAAAUGGCCAGCACUUCAUUGUUCCACAAAUGGCUGACAGGAGCAUCAGUGUAGAUUUGUCAGAACUGGCCAAGGCAGCAAAGAAAAAACUACAGUCUCUCAGCAAUCAUCUGUUUGAGGAGCUGGCCAUGGACGUGUAUGACGAGGUGGACAGGAGAGAGACUGACGCAGUGUGUUUGGCAACACAAAAUCACAGCACCCUUGUGACGGAGACAACUGUGGUACCAUUUCUACCUGUGAAUCCAGAGUAUUCUUCAACACGAAACCAGGGACGCCAGAAACUUGCAAGAUUCAAUGCACAUGAAUUUGCAACUCUUGUUAUUGACAUUUUAAGUGAUGCUAAGCGGAGACAGCAAGGGAAUUCAACAGGCAGCCCCAAAGACAAUGUUGAACUCAUCCUGACAGGUGUGGCUGUCAGACACUGUAGUGACAGCCAGGACAACGACCAGCCUGACUAUGACAGUGUGGCAUCCGAUGAAGACACAGAUCAGGAACUUCCCUCAAGCAAAGGAGAUAGAACGAAGAGCCUUGACUCCGACCUCUCAGAUGGACCUAUUACUAUGCAAGAAUACUUGGAAGUGAAAAAUGCACUCUCUGCCUCUGAAGCCAAGAUCCAGCAGCUCAUGAAAGCCAACAAUAACCUGAGUGAUGAGCUGAGGCUGAUGCAGAAAAAGCUGCAAUCUCUGCAACACGAGAACACCUCUCUCAGGCGGCAGGUCACAACCAAUAUGUAUCAGGUCCCCAGCGGUUCAGACUACCCCGAACCCUCCAGCCCCUCAGCCUUGAAACGCCAACAGUCUGCGCGGGCCAGUCGGCCCAUGUCUAUGUAUGAGACCGGCUCAGGCCCAAAGCCCUACCUCCCUAAAGGGGAAACUCCUCACCCAGAGGAGGGAAUCCCCACUCUCCAACCCUUCCUGCCUCAUACAAAAAGAGGUGCUUUUGUGACCACAUCUUCGUCCCUCCCCUCAUUUCCAUCCACCUUGUCUUGGUCAAAGGAUGAAAGUGCUCCACAGGCUUCGAAGUUGGAGAAGCAAAGCAGCAUGCCGGAAAGCGAGUAUGACAAUGCAUUUAAUGAUGCUGAAUUGGAUGAUUUAGGUCUGUGCAGGAGGGGGAGGCUGAGGAGCAGUGGCUGGCAGGGGGCGAGCAGCUCUAUCCCUGAGCUGGAUGAUCUGGUGCUGGAAUCGGAUCCCAUGCUUCCCAGCACAGAGGAUGUCAUCCGCAAGACUGAGCAAAUCACAAAGAAUAUCCAAGAGCUUCUGCGAGCCGCUCAGGAGAACAAACAUGACAGCUUCAUGCCCUGUUCAGAAAGAAUCCACGUGGCUGUAACAGAAAUGGCUGCACUUUUCCCCAAGAAGCCGCGCUCUGAGACGGUGAGGUGCUCACUGCGCUUGUUGACGUCCAGUGCGUACCGGCUUCAGAGUGAGUGCAGGAAGGCGGUGCCUUCAGAGGGCUGCCUGGGGCCUGACAUGCAGCUGGUCACCCAGCAGGUCAUCCAGUGUGCGUAUGACAUCGCCAAAGCAGCCAAGCAGCUCGUCACAAUUACCACAAAGGAAAACACCAACUAACGGCAGCUAGAUGGCUGCACGGUUUCUAGCAUUUGUUUCUGUAUUUCUUUUAAAGAUUUACUUUGUUUUUUGUAUUUAUGCGCAUGCACUUAAGUAGUCACAAUAUUUAAAGACAAAAUCUGAGCGUCACAGGAAGGAAUCAGCAGCUUGCAGCGUAGUGAUACCAUCUUUUAAUGGCACAGUUUAUCUUAAUAAAAUCAUUUUAUUUGAGCGAAGGAAUUAAGUAGAUGACAGUCAGUCCACAAAGUUACUGGUUCAUGUUUUCAGACCAGAGGCAGAUGUGGAUGUUGAAAAUCCAUAAAUCAUUGAUCCAGUUUCAUUAGAUAUAAACAUUUGUGGAGGUAAGGACUCCUCUCCUCAUACUGUAUAUUGUGCUGUUACCAUUA